AUGGAUGAAGUGGCUCAAUCACGGAGACGACAUAACCAACCAAAGAAAUGCCAUUGGAGUACUGCUGAUAAACCCAUUCACCCGUAUGUGGUUGCUGUGCGGCACUCCAACGGAGAAUUUUUAUGGUUUACUUGGGUGGAUCCUGGUGCCCUGAGCCUGGUGACUGCAUCUGGAACAGUUUCUUUUGGGUUAGACAUAAGAAUUGGAAAUAUAUUGUGGCAAACAUACACCCUGCCGGACAAUGGUGGAAAACUCGAGGGUUGCUCGAGUGCAGCGAUAUGUGGGAGUAGACCCUCCAUUGACAUAGCUAGAGGCCUUGUUUAUGUCGAAACUGGUAACCUACACCUAGCUCCGCCAGAGGUCCUCCAAUUUCAGGAGGCGCAGAAUAAUCAAACGACACCACCAAGUCAACCUGAUCAAUGUUUCGGGUCUAAUGUUCAUUUUGAUUCACUUUUGGCUUUUGAUAUUAAUACAGGAAGGAUUGUGUAG